AUGUGUAACACACUAAAUCGAUCGAUAAAACCUGUCAAAUUAUUGUUUAAAAGAAAUCCGACAAUCCAAAAAAAUAUACAAUUUUAUUUCAACAAAAUACCUUCUUCCAAAUCUUUUACUUCUUUAAUUUCCUUUCCUUUAAAUAUUCGUACUUCUACAGCUCAUUCCUACCAGUCAUAUUCAUUCUUUGGUCUAGCUUCCUCCUUCUCAAGAGUAACUUGCCGUCCUUUUCACUCAUCUAGUUCACCAAAUUUUAGAAUAUCAAGUUGUGCUUUCACGCCUCACUCUUCUAAACCAAAGAAAUUUUUUGAGGCCACCUCCUUAACAACAAAAAAUACUCCACCUUAUACAAUCUUGGACUUUUUUGAUAAACCCUUUCCCGCUACGCAUAACCCAUUUAUUUUUGCUCAUGGUGCUUCUGGUAUUCCAAAAAAUUCCGAGAGGUUAGUUUCAACUAUACCUAAUGGAUCAUACUCUAGUAUUGCUUGUGGUGAAGAUAGCUUCUUCAGAAGGCAUGACUCUUUAGGUGUUGCCGAUGGUGUUGGAGGUUGGAAAAAUAUUAAACCAUCGUCUCCUGUCGUUGUAGAUUCAUCAUUAUAUUCUAGAAAAUUGAUGCAUUAUUCGUUAACAGAAAUUGAAAAAUAUCAUAAUAAUUUUGGAAAAGAUCAACUUUUCAACCAUGAUAAUUUUCAACCUGGUAAUAUUAUGCAAGCAAGUUAUGAAAAAACUUUACGCGAUUGUACAAUGGAGGGAAUCAUUGGCUCAUCAACUGCUUUGAUAGCUAUUUUACAUGAAGAUGAACUUCGAAUUGCAAACCUUGGCGAUUGUGGUAUUGGUGUUAUACGUCAAAAUGGAUUUAUAUUUUGUAACGAAGAGCAACAAAAUUCGUUUAACUAUCCAUAUCAAUUGGGAACUGGUUCUCUUAAUACUCCAAAAAAAGAUGCUCAAACUUUCAACAUUAAAAUUCAAUAUGGUGAUAUUAUAGUAAUGGGUUCAGACGGACUGUUUGACAAUCUUUAUAAGGAUGAUAUAUUAGAUGAGAUUAUUCAAUUUAGUUCAAUAAAAGGUGGUUUAAAAGUUCAUCCACAAAUAAUAAGUGAUGCUCUUGCUUGGCGUGCAAAAGAAGCUAGUGAAGACGCCAAUUAUGAAAGUCCAUUUGAAAGUCGUGCUACAGAAGAAGGAUUGUAUUUUGUGGGUGGAAAGAAAGAUGAUAUAUCUAUUCUCGUUGCAGUUGUAACCGACUCAAAUAACACUUCUAAUACCAAAUAA